AUGGCCGGCACCGACCAAACAACGAAGCCUGCCCGUCCCAGCCUUGGGAGUGGUAUGCGCACAGGAUCUUACCUCCAAGAACACAAGCAGUAUCGCGCACCGCAACAGGAUGGCCAUCAGGGAAUUGACAGCAUCGUAGAGGGCGUGCAGAACACAAGGAUCGAACCCCGCAAGCCAUAUCAGCCAUAUAAUGGCGUCCCAUCUGAAAAGACCCCGCCCAAGAUCGUAGACAGUGGUCUUGUCCACACUUUGUCGCAUACGAAUUGUCAGCCUGCCCCAGGAACCCAAUCCGAUCGUCUUAUUGCAACAAUAAUCUACAAAACAAAGUCUCCUCGAGCUACAAUUACCGACUACCCACCGGAUCGAUCUCCCUCCCCAUCCGCCGCAAAGUCUCGCGCCAUACCUCCAAACCUUGCUCCUGUGCGCUCCCUUUCAAGCUUCCCAUUUGAACCACCUCCACCGGAUCCAGAACCUCUCGACCAUCUCUAUGGCAGCUACAUCUCGCCGUUAUGCUUGACUUCCUUCCUACAUCUCAUCUCCUUCCUCCCUACCCGCCAGGGUUCUGAUAUCCUCAGCUCCUCCCACCGUUGUCUCGACAACCCAGACCACCCCUCCAUCGUCGAGCUUACCCUCUCGCCCACACCCGACCCCGCAUACCUCACACUAGAAGACUUGCGCAAACAUGAGCUCAUAUACCGAUUCGAGCGAGAGUGGAAUGUUGAUGUGAUACUACAGCACGAUACCGUGCUCCGACGGUAUCCGCGCUUAGUAGUCUUUGACAUGGACUCUACGCUUAUCGAACAAGAAGUCAUCGAUUUGAUCGCGGCCUCUAUCGGUGUCGAAGCAGAGGUAUCAGCCAUUACAGCUCGUGCUAUGAAUGGCGAGCUCGAUUUCUCCUCGUCUUUCGAGGAGCGGGUCAAGCUGCUCAAAGGCGUGGAUGCGGAUAUCUUUAUCAAACUUCGGACAGUGAUCACGCCAACCAAGGGAGCACGGGAGUUGAUCAGAGCAUUGAAGCGUAUGGGUGUCAAGACCGCUGUUUUCUCAGGCGGAUUUAUCCCACUCACGCAAUGGCUAGCAGACGAUUUGGGCAUUGACUACGCAUUCGCCAAUACCAUAGCCUCCGAUCCAAGCACCAACCUUCUAACCGGCGAAGUCGUCGGCACCAUCGUGAACGCAGAAAAGAAGCGCGACCUGCUCCUUGAAGUGGCAGCUAAGGAGAAAGUGCCAUUGCAACAAGUGAUAGCUAUCGGAGAUGGUGCAAAUGACCUGCUCAUGUUGAAGGAGGCUGGAUUGGGAGUUGCGUGGAAUGCGAAGCCAGUGGUUCAGAUGGAAGCCGAGGCGCGACUGAAUGGAGAGAGCUUGUUGGAUCUUCUACAUGUCUUUGGAUUUACUGCUGAGGAGGUACAGACUUUGAUUCAGUGA